AUGGCUGGACAGCCCCACCUGGACUGGAGUGUGUGUCUGCAGGCGACACCCCAGUUCUUUGGGGGUGCUUCUGCUCAGCGGGCAGCCUGUCUGUGCAGAGGGCCUGGGUCCCACUCGGAACAGCGUCACCUGUCACCGGGCUGUGGGGGUUGUGUGCGUCUCCCUGCUCUCGUCACCUGGUCCCCCAUUGGCCAGCGUGGGUCCCCUCCUCGAGGGCCACCACACAACACACUUGUCACUUGUCCUGUCCUGGGGGUGGGGGCGGUGUCCCAACUCCUUCAAGGGCCUCGACCACGGAGUUCAGAAAUGUUUCUGGGCGCUGGGAUUGUCCAGGAGCUUGUGAAAAUCACAGACUCCCGGACAGGACACCUUGGCCCACGAAGUGAGCGGCUCCGAGUGACACACGAGAGCUGGCCUUUUCCACUGGCAGUGCUGUGGCUGAGCCAGCUGGGCAUCUCCUGCACUCCAGGCUGUACUGCUUCCGUGCUUUCACCAAUGUUGGAAAAACUGAAGAUGCUUUCAGUACCAGGUUCUGAGUGUUUCAUCACUCUGCAUGGUUCUACCCCCAAAGGGCACCUCGGCAGCCCUCUGGUGGCCUGGCAACUGGCUUCUGCCCCCCUGGGAAAGGAAGGAGACAGAGCUCUGAAAGCGUCAGGUGACCUGUGA